UUAUACGAAGAAAUUGGCUCACGUAUCAAAUCUUGACAAGAGUUCAACCCAUUUCUUUUUUUCGCACAGUCUGUCAAGCAUCAAAAUCUUAGCAACCCAAUCGAGCUUGGUUGAACAACAGGUAGAUAGCCAUGAUGAUGAAGAAGGCCAUAAUCCUCCCAUCUUCACUCCUGCUGCUGCUCCUUCUCAUCACUCCCAAAUUCUCCCUUGCAGUCCCUGCCACCAGAAGCUUCAUCAUGGAUAAGAUAACUGCAAAAGAAGAAACCCCAUCUUCCUCAACACCAACAAUCCAUGUCCUUGAGGGAGGAAAAUGGGUGGAAGUUGUUUUGAGGGAGGAGGAAGGAGGAGAAGAUAUUGGAAGUUAUGACUUGGAAGGAAGGAUGGAUAGGGAAGAGUUCACAGAUUACCCAGGGACUGGGGCAAACAAUCACCAUGAUCCUAAAACUCCUGGAAGAGCUUGAUCAAUUUGUGUAUUCACAUGGUUCAUCAUGAACCAUACAAUAAUUAGAUCCCCACAGCCAAAGAAAGGAGUAAAAAAAAACCCUACAGUUAUAUAUUUUUUUGACUGUGGGAGCUGGUUAUCUCUCUGUGGGGAUGGGAAUGUAUAAAUAAUCUUCUUUGUUUGGUGGUUUCUUAAGCUUUAUGAACAGCUUAGGUAGUAUAGAGUAAGUAUUAUUAUUUUGUUGUGUUUUUUUAAAGCCUAAUAACAUGCCUGAUUUUUUUUAGAAGCAGCUGCUGCCUCUGCUCUUUUUUUUUUUUUUUCACUCCCACUUCUAUCAUUGUUCUUGGUGUUCUAGUUUACAUGAUUGUGGUCCGGAAAGGGAGGUGAAAUUUUGCCGUAUGGAAAAAAUCGAUGGGAAUUGGGAAGAAAGCGGGUGUGUAAAAAUAGCAAGGGAAUACCGUAUUUAGCAAGAUUUUUAUAGGUGAUAUAAAAAAAAAUGAUUGAACAGUUGUAGGGACACAUUUAUUCUUUUGGAUAUGAUAUAAGUGGUUG